AGAGCCGGUAAUCGGCAUCCCUCAGAGGGGACAUGUGCACUGAUCAUCAGGGCACUGAUGAUCACCCCAGCAGUGCCACCUGUCAGUGUCCAUCAGUGCCAGCUGUCAGUGCUCACCCAUGCCACCUGCCAGUGCGCAUCAGUGCCACAUCAAUGCCACAUAUCAGUGCCUACCAGUGCACAUCAAUGCCACAUAUCAGUGCCCAUCUGAGCUGCCUUUCAGUAUCACCCAUCAGUGCCAAUCAGUGCCACCUAUCAAUGCCAGUCAGUGCCACCUAUCAGUGCUGCCAAUCAGUGCCACCUAUCAGUGCCAGUCAGUGCCGCCUAUCAGUGUCGCCUAUCAGUGCCCGUCAGUGCUGCUUAUCAGUGCCGCCUAACAGUGCCAGUCAGUGCCACCUAACAGUGCCAGCCAGUGCAGCCUAUCAGUGACAGUCAGUGCCGUCUAUCAGUGCCACCUAUCAGUGUCACCUACCAGUGCCAUAUAUGAAUGCUGCCUUUCAGUGCCCAUCAGUGAUGCCUGUCAAUGCCCAUCAGUGACACCUACCAGUGCCUCCUCAUCAGUGCCCAUCAGUGCCACCUAUCAGUGCCCAUCAGUGCAGCCUCAUUAGCGCACAUCAGUGAAGGAGAAAAAUCACUUAUUUACAAAAUUUUAUAACAAAAACCUAAGAAAAACCUUUUUUUUUCAAAAUUUUCAGUGGUUUUUUUGGUUUGUUUAAGAAAAAAUAA